AUGGAGGAGCUUGACAUUGAAUCGGGAACAGGCCAGCCGUUACAAGAGGCAAAGAAGAGCUCGGCGGCUUGGAAAAUCGCCAAGACGGUUGGAGCAACGGCCUUUUCUGGGAUGGAGUACGCUGGAGAAGUUCUGGCAAGCGUGCUUGGGAUCACUACGCCUCGAUACGCCUUGUAUUUAGAUGACGCUAUCGAGUACCAGAAAAUGAUCAAGGAGCAGCAGCAGUGCGACCUCGCUGAGCGCCAAGGUGCUCUGCUGCGGCAGGCUCUUGCAAACGCUCCGUUUCCGAGAGAACAUGAGGUCCUAGACAUUCCUCGCGCUGUUGAAUAG